AUGGAAAGGAACGAUCAAAACCUCACGGCGCUCCAAAAUCUGACCAAAAACGUCCAGUUCAACCUCGAGCACGAAAAGGAUUGGACGGGCGUCAAGGUACACGACUCGGGAGCCGAGCGGCAGCUACUGUACGGCCUGCCGCCGCGCCGCAUGUACGUGCACCCGGACGAGCAGAUCGCCAUCCUCAAGGCCGAGAAGGAGCUGGGCGGCGGUCAGCACAUCCCGCAGCCCCCAGAGGUCGAGUGGGUGCUGCCCAUGCACCUGGCCGAGAAGUGGACGGUCGAGCGGUUCGCCGCCGUCUUUGACUCGAUCCCGCCCGUCCCGCCUGCGGUCGCCGAGCCUGCUGGUGGUCCUGAUGAUGGAAACACCAGCACUGCGAGCGAGGCGGCCGAGGUUGCGGCGACUUCCCUUGCGCAGCACUGGAGGGGCUCGGGGAGGGGCAAGCGGAUCAUCCUUGCGAUUGUCCAGGACGACUCGACUAUUUCUUACUAUGUUAUCCAUGAUGGCAUCGUCAAGCCCAGACAAAACUGA